CGCCUGACCGUGGAGGGUCACCCGGGGCUGUGCCCCCCCGUGGAAUCGGGCCACAGGUCCCUGCCACCCUCCCCUCGGCAGCGCCACGCCGCUCACACCCCUCCGCGGACCCCCAACAUCGUCACCACCGUCACCCCGCCGGGCACCCCGCCCCUCCGCAGGAGGAACAAGCUGAAACCCCCCGGGACCCCUCCGCCCUCCUCACGAAAACUGAUCCACCUCAUCCCCGGCUUCACUGCCCUGCACCGGAGCAAGUCCCACGAGUUCCAGCUGGGGCAUCGCGUGGACGAGGCGCACACCCCCAAAGUCAAGAAGAAGAACAAGCCCUUGAACCUGAAGAUCCACAACAGUGUGGGCAGCUGUGAGAACAUCCCCGCCCAGCGCUCCCCGCUCCUCUCCGAGCGCUCCCUGCGCUCCUUCUUCGUGGGGUACCCACCUUUCCUCCCCUCCACCCCUCCUGUCCACACUGAAGCCACCUUCUCAGCAAAUACGCUGUCAGUGCCUCGCUGGUCUCCACAGAUUCCCCGUCGAGAUCUGGGAAACUCAAUAAAACACAGGUUUUCCACCAAGUAUUGGAUGUCUCAGACCUGCACUGUCUGUGGGAAAGGAAUGUUGUUUGGCUUAAAGUGCAAAAACUGCAAGCUCAAGUGCCACAACAAAUGCACCAAAGAGGCCCCUCCAUGUCACCUGCUGAUCAUCCACCGUGGAGAUCCAGCAAGGUUAGUCCGGACAGAGUCAGUGCCCUGCGAUAUCAACAACCCCCUGAGGAAACCCCCCAGGUAUUCGGACCUGCACGUCAGCCAGACGCUUCCCAAAACCAACAAACUCAACAAGGACCACAUCCCGGUGCCCUACCAGCCAGAUUCCAGCAGCAACCCUUCCUCCACCACCUCCUCCCCCCCUUCCUCGCCGGCCCAGCCUGCCACCCCCCCGUCCCCCCUGCACCCCUCCCCGCAGUGCCCGCGCCAGCAGAAGCAGUUCAACUUGCCAGCUUCCCACUACUACAAGUACAAGCAGCAGUUCAUUUUCCCAGACGUGGUGCCUGAGACGCCGACCCGAGCCCCGCAGGUGGUCCUCCACCCUGUCAACUCCAACACCAUCCUGGGAGGAAACCCCUUGCUUCAAAUUGAAGUGGAGCCCACCUCGGAGAACGAGGAAGGCGCCGAGGAGGCUCAGGAGUCCGAGGACGACUUCGAAGAGAUGAACCUCUCGCUCCUCUCCGCCCGCAACUUCCCCCGCAAGGCCAGCCAGACCAGCAUCUUCCUCCAGGAGUGGGACAUCCCCUUCGAGCAGCUGGAGAUCGGUGAGCUCAUCGGCAAGGGGCGCUUCGGGCAGGUCUUCCACGGGCGCUGGCACGGGGAGGUGGCCAUCCGCCUCAUCGACAUUGAGCGGGACAAUGAGGACCAGCUGAAGGCCUUCAAGAGGGAGGUGAUGGCCUAUCGACAGACCCGCCACGAGAACGUGGUGCUCUUCAUGGGAGCCUGCAUGAGCCCUCCCCACCUCGCCAUCAUCACCAGCCUGUGUAAAGGACGGACUCUCUACUCGGUGGUGAGAGAUGCCAAAAUCGUCCUGGAUGUCAACAAGACGAGGCAGAUAGCUCAAGAAAUUGUGAAGGGAAUGGGCUACCUGCAUGCCAAGGGGAUCCUUCACAAGGACCUCAAGUCAAAAAAUGUUUUCUAUGACAACGGGAAGGUGGUGAUCACAGACUUUGGCCUCUUCAGCAUCUCGGGAGUUCUCCAAGCUGGCAG